AUGGAAGAGGGGGAGGAUGGUUACACAGCCCUACGCUUCAAAGGAAGAAGGAAAAGAUCAAAUGGAGCUUCUUCCAGGUCUUCUCCAUUUUGCCAUCCCUUGACCAUAUCCCUAGGAGUAGCGGUGACCAUUCUGCUUGGGACUGUGACAGGUUUGGCUGUUCUGAUCUUUCAAGGCUCUAGUCUCAGCUGCCUCAACAGUGCCCAGAAUUUAUCUGAGGAACUCAGUGGAAACAACCAGAAUACGUCCGAUGACCUUCACAGACGUACUGUGAUGAUGCUGGGCAAAUUAAAGGAACAUUUUUGUGGGGAGUUAGAGAGUGGGAAAGCAGAACAUGCCCAGUGUGAGUACUGCCCACUUGGAUGGGUUCUGCGCCAUGGGAAAUGCUACUACUUCUCGGAGAAGAAAAAAAACUGGAGUGAUAGCGAGAGGUACUGCAACUCACAGGCAGGCAGCCUGGCUGUGAUUGACAAUGAAGAGGAGAAGACCUUUAUUAUGAACAGGAUGAAGAUGGAAAAAGGCUACUACUGGCUUGGACUCAGUAAGGGGAAGGACGGAUGGUUGUGGGUGACUGGUGCCGGGUUACCAGCAGAGAAGCUUCAUGUUACUGGCACCAGUGGCAGUCAUAGCUGUGUUGUUUGUGGCGUGGACCAGAUUCUGGCUGAGAGCUGUUUCAACCCCAACAAAUGGAUCUGUGAGAAAGCCACCAUGGAAUUUCCAACUGUGAAGAGAGCCUCACUGGACUGA